AUGAAUAUGAAAUUUAAAUUAAAUUAUGGAGAUAAAAAAAAUGUUAUAAAUUUAAAUUUACGCAAAAAUGAUGCAAAUGAAAUAAAUACUACACAAAGAGCAAGUGUUAUUAGUAAUAGUGGAAAUAGUAUUGUAAGUUUUAGUGGGAUCAGGCAAGUUAGUAACAAUGCGAGGGGGAGUCAAGUUGGUAGUAUUGUUGGUAGCCGAAGUGCAGUGGAAAAAAUAAAUUUUAAAAAUUCAUCAAAAAAUAUAAAAAUAAAUUUGGCUAGCUCAAGCCUUAAUAAAAAAAAUAUUAACACACAACGCAGUAGUAUUAUUAGCGAGUCGUAUUUUUUAAAAAAUGAUAAUAAUUUAAAUAAAAAUUUAAAUGGUGUAAAUAAUGGGAGUGUUAUAAGUAUUGGUAAUAGUCCAAGUAUUGUUAGUAAUAGUGUAAAUAAUGCUGAUCGCCUUUCUUUUAUUAGUUCGAAUAUAAAUAAUUAUAAAAGUAAAAUAAGUGGCAAAAGUGAUAUUUAUACAUUUGAUAGAUCAAGUAUUAUUAAUGAUAACCUAAGUAUUAAUGAUGGGUUAAGUAGUAUUUUACAUAGUGGGGAAAAUAUGAAUAUGAGUGAUAUAUUUUAUAAUAAUAGUGGAAGUAUUAUUGAUGGUCAAAAUAAUAGUAGUGUUAGUUUACUUUUAAAAAAUAGUAAACAAUCAAUAUCAAAUAAUUUAAAAAUUUAUUAUAAAAAUGAAUUAAUACCAUAUUCUUUUUUAUAUCAUAAAAUAUUAACAAUAUUAAAAUCCCAUUAUAAUAAUCAUAUAAGUAAUAACCCAACUGUUGCAAAUAAGGGUAUAUCUUUUUUUCAUGUAGAAAAUAUGCUAAUUAAUUUUGGAUUUAAAGGUGUAGAUAUAAAUAAUCAUUCUUUGUUAAGUUAUUUAGCUUCAUCAAAACAAAUAAAAAUUGAUUUAAAUGAAAAAAGAAUAUGUUAUAUGAAUCCUUAUACAGAUAUUACAAAUAUAACAUCAUUAUUAAAUAAAAUUAAUAAACAUGGAUUUUUAUAUGGCUACGAAAUUAAUGAUGAUUUAAUUAAUACAAAUAAAGAAAUAUAUAAAUGGGUAAAUACAUUAUUAUAUGAAAAAAAAAUACGUUGUAUACGAUCAAAUAAUAGUCAUUUAAGGGGAAAAUUAAAAUGCAAGAAUUUACCAACUUUUUGUGAUAUAUAUUCAAAAAGUAAAUGUGAUAAUUGCUUUUAUAAUUUAAAAGGAUAUAUAUUUUUUCCACUUUCAUAUCAACAUAUAGAAAAUGAAAGAUACUCAAUUACAAAUGAUAUCAAAAAUUUAUGGGAUAAUAUUACUCUUCCAAAUUUAGAUAACAUUUUAAAAGAGUAUAAAUUAAAAUCUACAAACAAAAUAUUUUCAAAUGAUAAUGCUCCAAAGCGAAAAAAUAAAGAUGAUAAAUUUACACCAAUCAUUAAAAAAAUGAAACGAAUAUACAAUACACAUUUAUUCACAGCUGAUGAAAUUAAAAAUGAAUUUAUUCAAAAAAAAUAA